AUGAACAUAUAUAUUCUGAUACAAUAUCUACUACUUUUCAGUUGCAAACAGUCACGAGAAAGUUACCAAAAAAUGGUUUAUCAACUCACGGAGAAGGAAGAAGUAGAAUGCAUUGUUGAAGCUUCGAUAGGAACAAGCACGAUAUGGGUAUUCCUGGCAGCUCUGAAGCAGUUCUGUGGUCACAUAGUGACGGUGUUGAGUGAACACAUGACAUAUGAGGGCCGGUAUCUGCAUGAGGUGAUAAUAAAUGUGCCAUCAACUGAAGAAAAGAAGGAAAAGCCAGUGAUCAUCAUCGAGGCUGGCCAAGAAGGGGGCAUUGAACCCGUCUCGUUCGCUUUGUACCUUAUAGAGCAGCUAGUCGCUUGCAAAGAGAACCAUGAUAUGCUGACAACAGUGAAGUGGGUCAUUCUGCCUUGCACUAAUCCCGAUGCCCUGGAAUAUAGCAGAUGGGUAAGCAAAUUUGACUUUUAGUGGCGGAAGAACCGAAGAAAAAUUGAAGGCAGUGCUAAUAUCGGCAUUGACAUCAGUAGAAACUUCGAGAGCAAUUGGGGAGCAUGCCCGAAAGUGGAAAAUACAUUCUCAAAUAUAUAUCCAGGACCAUCGCCGAACUCUGAAAACGAGACGCUCUUUGUUAAGCAUGUUUUAGAUAAGUACAAAAAGAACUUAAAGGCUUACGUAUCAUUGAGGCGUGACGGACACGCCUUAUUGUACCCGUCUGCACAUGUCUUGAACGUCCAUAGAGACGCGCUGCUGCAAGGCGCGGCCGCCGACAUUACUCACAAAGUGAACCAGAGAGCUGGCACCAUACACUUGUUCACCAAUACCAGCAUCUACGAAUUUGAAGGCAAGCCUCGAUGUGGACACAGCGUCGACUACGCUCACAGUCUAGGUGUGCCUCUAGCGUACGAGAUGCGAGUGUUCCUCGGUGCUGAGAAUCAUAUUCUGUCUAUGUUUCAAACCUUGCCGCGGAGUCACAGCAAUACAUUGACAAGCGGGUAUUACAAUGGUAUUAAAGAACUGUACAAUAUCGUGUCUAAAGACAGGCAGUACGACAAAAAUUAAAUUGUGAUUUUAACGGACUGGCGUUUCAUUCAGAGGUUAGGAGGUACUGCUCAAAAGCUGGUAUACAAAUUAAGAAUUAGGUCAAAAUUAUGUACCAGUGCCGUCGGCAUCUAUUCCGAUACAAUAUUUAUUUA